GUUCACAGUUCGUAAAACACGUUUUGUAUUUAUGAAAACUUGGGUUAGAACAAGGAUUUUAGAUAAUAAUUAAAAAAGUAAAAUAAUUUCUGUCCUUCAGUAGUAAUAUCAAAAUAUUGGUACUAUUUGUACAUGUUAAUUAAUUAAUUCGUGUAUAAAAAUGAGCUACUCCAAAGGAAACACAAACCGGACAAGGGCUCAAAAACACCAAAACAAAACUGCAUUCAAAAAUAAUUUACAUGACACCAGUAAGAAAACUAAAAUCUUAAAUUCAUUAGAAGUAACUGGGGUAUGUACACGAUGUAAGGAAAUCAUUGAAUGGAAAAUUAAAUUCAAAAAGUACAAACCACUAGCUGCACCUAGAAAAUGUGUUGGAUGUGAACAAAAAACAGUGAAAUACGCUUACCAUGUGCUUUGCACCAGUUGUGCCUCCGAUAAAAAAGUUUGCGCAAAAUGUAAUAAAGAUAUCAAUAGUAUUCAAGAAGAAGAAUCGAAACAAAAUGAUAACGAAAGUAAACUAAAGUCUUUGUUAAAAAGUUUGCCAGAAAGAAAGCGAAGAACAUUGUUAAGGAUUUGGAAAAAACAAGAUGAAAAUACUAGUGAUGAUAAAAUGUUACAAAUUGAAGAUAUAUUAUCGAAAUUAGAUAACAGCACAGAUGAUGACUGGGGUGGUAGCCUAUCCAGUUUGGAAGAGAGCCUUUCUGGGGAUGAGAUAAAUGAAUAAAAAAACAUUUUCAUUUCUGCUUAUGUUUAAUUUGAACUUCUGUUAUAAUAAUAACUAAUGGACAAACAUAACUAUGAAAAUUAAGACAAUAGGUUAUCCAAACAUUAAAUAAACAUAACAUCACAUAUUCAAUGUGCCAGUAGUGAAUAGUGAUGUAGUUGCAUUUCAAUAUUUUCUUAUAGCACAAGGUGGCC